AUCUGGCCUGAGCACCCUGCCCCAGAGAGUCUUCCAGAAGGAUCCUGCUACCUCCUCUGGGCUUGUCCUCAUGAGCCGCUCCAAUGUCCUGCCGACAGCUGCCCCUGGUCAGAAGACAGCGGAGAAUAGCAAGGGGACGCCCAGCCUCUUAAUGCGGUCCUUCACAAUUGACGACUUUGAGAUCGGCCGGCCGCUGGGCAAGGGCAAGUUUGGGAACGUGUACUUGGCCCGGGAGAAGAAGAGCCAGUUCAUCGUGGCGCUGAAGGUCCUCUUCAAGUCGCAGAUAGAGAAAGAGGGUGUGGAGCACCAGCUGCGCAGGGAGAUCGAAAUCCAGGCCCAUCUGCAGCACCCCAACAUCCUGCGUCUCUACAACUACUUCUAUGACCGGCGGAGGGUCUACCUGAUUCUGGAGUAUGCCCCGCGCGGGGAGCUCUACAAGGAACUGCAGAAGAGCCGCACUUUUGACGAGCAGCGAACAGCCACGAUCAUGGAGGAGCUGGCAGAUGCCUUGUUAUACUGCCACGGGAAGAAGGUGAUCCACAGGGACAUCAAGCCCGAGAAUCUGCUCUUGGGGCUCCGGGGAGAGCUCAAGAUUGCUGACUUUGGCUGGUCGGUGCACGCCCCCUCCUUGAGGAGGAAGACGAUGUGUGGCACCCUGGACUACCUGCCCCCCGAGAUGAUUGAAGGGCGCACGCACAAUGAGAAGGUGGACCUUUGGUGUAUCGGAGUCCUUUGCUACGAGCUGCUGGUGGGAAACCCGCCCUUUGAGAGUGCUUCCCACAACGAGACGUACCGUCGGAUCGUCAAGGUGGACCUGAAGUUCCCCCCUUCUGUGCCCACCGGAGCCCAAGACCUCAUCUCCAAGCUGCUCAAACAUAAUCCUUCAGAACGGCUGCCCUUGGCCCAGGUCUCAGCCCACCCUUGGGUGCGAGCCAACUCUCGGAGGGUGCUGCCUCCGUCUGCUCGCCAGUCUGCCUCCUGAAUUGUCAGUCAUUUACUCAGUGUCUUGGUUUGUGUGUCCAUUUAUAUGUGUGGGUGGGGCCCUGGGCGGGGAGCGACUGUCCUUGGCUCCCUGCUGUCAGGCAGGGAAAGGAGAGGCUGCCUGUCCCUGGGACCCCUGCACCCUCUCCCUAUAUCCUGACCCCCAGGAGGAAGAUGAUGUGUGGCACCCUGGACUACAUCUACCCCCCACCCCCCGAAAUGAUGUUUAUUUAAUAAAGUAGAUCCCUUUUUUAUACUGGUGUGUGCAGAUAUUCAUAGGUACGGGAAACUGUCCUCUUUGGGAGAGAGGUGGGAUGCCCACAUAGGGUCCCAGGAAUGCAUCUCUGGCCCUGGUAACAUGCUUAACAGCGCCUAGCCACGCUCCCUCCACAGUCCUGUGUUUGACUCUGACUGCCUGGGGCCUGGCAGACUGAGGAAGCUCGCAGUCCCAGCCUUGAACAUCACACCAGCCAUCUCUGAGCACCUUCUCGUCCAUUUUGUUCUCUCUGGAUCAUCUGACUUCCAGCCUUCCCCGCCCCUGGUUCAUCCCCUGCCCCUUGGCCAUCCUAGGAGCCUGUGAACAGUGCUGGGCCCUGGGGAUGAAUUGAAGCAGGGGUGAUGGUGGGGGGCAGCUUUGUCUGGUUCCUGACUUAGGUUUUAUUGUUAAGUAUGAUGUUUGCUAUAGAUUGGUUUGGCUUUUAAUCGUAAAAUAUACAUAACAUAGAAUGUGCCACUUUCACAUGGCGUAAAUGUUGUGCAACUAUCACCACUUUGUUCCCAAAAUAGUCAUCUUUCAAAGCGAAACUGCAGCCAUUAAACAAGAACUCCCGAUUCCUUGUUCUCCCCAGCCCCCAAUCACCACUAAUCUUUCUGUCUCUCGGCCUUCUAGAUAUUGAAGUGGGAAUCAUACCAUAUUUCUCCUUUUGUAUUUGCCUUUUUUGUCAGCAUAAUAUUUCCCAGGUUUAUCCAUGCGGUUUGAAAUCACUGUUUUGAUCUCACUGCCAUUGAUUUGAUUCUGACUCAGUGAUCCUGUAGGACAGGGCAGAACAGUCCAAUUGGCUUUCGGAGGCUUUAGAUCUUUACAGAAGUAGACAGCUUUAUCUUGCCCUUUUAUAUGGUUCAGGAAGGCCUAUCCUAUUCCUCAUUUGCUGAAGGUUUUUAUUUUGUAAAUAAUGGCCUUGUAUCAUAAGUGGAUGUUGACUUUCAUGUAAUGCUUUUUCUACAUGUAUUGCUUCUUUAAUCAUUUAUACAUCAAUAAAUCUUAUCUUAUCCCAGGUA